AUGGCGAAUCUCUCUUCUGGUUUUCAGACAUUCACAACGGAUGAUCCCAUAACUCAACUUGCAGAACUCAACAACACUCUUCAUCAGUUCCAAACAAUGUUUGCUCCUCCUUUCUCUUCUUCUCUCGACUCUCUUUUCUUUCAUCAUCAUCAACAUCAACAAUCCCCAGAUCAUUUUCCCGGACAAUCUCCCGAGAAUAAUUUUCAUCAAGGAGUUUUCAUUCCUUCUAAUAUUCACUACAACGAAGAUUCUUCUUCAAGAGUCGAUAUCAAGAAGAGGAAAACAUUAAUGGAGUCUAUGUCUACGUCGGAGCAUAGCGUCUCUGAUCAGACUCUAUCCACCUCUUCUGCUCAAAGUUCAUCAAGGAGAGGGAAGAGGUCUAAGAAUAGAGAAGAAGAUAAAGAGAGAGAAGUUGUUCAUGUUAGAGCCAAAAGAGGUCAAGCCACUGAUAGCCACAGCUUAGCAGAGCGGGUUCGUCGAGGGAAAAUAAACGAGAGAUUAAGAUGCUUGCAAGAUAUAGUCCCCGGGUGUUAUAAGGCAAUGGGAAUGGCUACGAUGUUGGACGAGAUAAUUAAUUACGUGCAGUCCUUACAAAACCAAGUCGAGUUUUUAUCUAUGAAACUUACAGCAGCAAGUUCGUAUUAUGACUUUAACUCAGAGGCUGAUACUGUUGAUUCCAUGCAGAAGGCAAAGGCACGUGAGGCAGUGGAGAUGGGGCAAGGGAGGGAUGGGAGUACUGUCUUCCAUUCAUCAUCAUGGACCCUUUGACUUUUGUUUUUUCUCUCCCUUUUUUUUGUUGUCUUUCUAAGUUCUCCUUUUUUGGAUAAAAAUACUUACAAGAUUGAUUUCAAUAAUUUGGAUGCCAAAUGAUAUGUAUACUGUGUAAUGUCGACAUUACAAAUUUAUUGCCUAGACAUUGCAAUUCAAUUAGAUCGGACAGUGACAAAUGCUUUAUGAAGAUACUUUUAAGUUAACAGUACAAAUUUUCGGAAUUGUAUUGUUAAUUUAAAUAUUUAAUUGUUCAUGAGUUAUGCUC